AUCUUCAACUUCCUAGCGGGAAGCGGCUAUCGGGAACUGACAGAGCAACCUGAGAUAAGGCUCCAGCAUGAGGCUGUCCCGUGCUGAAUAUAAAGAGAUAUCGAGAUGGACUGAGCAUCUGAGACCGACACGUCAGUGUAUGAGGAUGCUGAAGGACAGAUUCCCAAAUCACUCGCAGUCCACUCUUCUGAGCAUCUUCUCCCUGGAGUACCAGAAGCGGACCAAAAAAACAAUCUCGAGACACCACGUGCCCGACGUCAUGGAGAGCCACUACCAGCGGUAUCUGCGAGAGUCCAAAGCACAUCCCACUGCUCCCGUCCUGCUGGAGUUGGCCAAUCAGGCGGACCUGUCCCCCGCGCUGAUGGCUCGGAUCAUCCUGGACAGGUUCCUCCAGAGCCUGGACGGCGAAGCGCCAUCCAAACUGGUCCUCAACAGCAUGAUUAAGGACCCGUCGCUGAUCCCAGACCAGGUUUUGGCCUACAACGUCCAACAAUGCACAAUAAAUGACUGCUGUUAUGGACCGCUGGUAGACUGCAUCAAACACGCCAUCGGCCAUGAGCACGAGGUGCUGCUCCGUGACAAGCUGAAGGAGAGGAACCUCUCGUUUCUCGAUGAAAACCAGCUGAGAACGAUGGGCUACGACAAAACACCUGAUAUCAUCUUGGAGGUUCCGAUUGCGGUGGAGGGGCACAUCGUCCACUGGAUCGAGAGCAAAGCCUCUUUCGGCGACGAUCACAGCCAUCGCACCUACCUCAACGAGCAGUUCUGGAGCUACUGGAACAGGUUUGGCCCGGGCCUCGUGAUCUACUGGUACGGUUUCAUCGGCGAGCUGGACUGCCAGCGAGACAGAGGGAUCCUGCUCAAAGACUGCUUCCCGACGGACAUCGUCACCCUGUGCCACGCCGCCCAGCAGGACCGCCUGCCAGACCGCCAGGACGAGGACAAAGAGCGAGACAGAGAUUAGAAGUGGAGCAAAAGACAAAAAAAAAAAAAAAAACGUUAAGGCGGGAGGAUGAAUGGGAGGAAGGAGUGAGGACAAGAAGGAGGUGGGGAGGGUAGGAACUCUCGACUGUGCAGGGGUGGAUACUGAGAUCCGGAAGCAAUUUCGCUUUCCUGCAGUGUGAGACGGCUGAAGAAGAAAAAAAAAAAAAAAGCGCCCUGAACUUCA